AUGAACACCCCAGGUUUCGUCGAAUUAGACGAAAUUCGCACCCAAUUUUCCCGCGCCAUGUCUGAAAUGUACAAGGACGAGGUACCUCUUUACGGAACACUCAUGGAGCUUGUCGCCGAAACCAACAGUAAAGUGCUGGAGUCGAACAAGGCCGUUUCUGACCAUCUGAAUCGGACAGGGGAAAUUGAGCGUUUAGACAUGGAGCGUCAUGGGGCUAUCCGCGUUGGCACUCCUGAAGAGCUGGCUACCAUUGCGCGACUGUUCGCCGUGAUGGGUAUGCAGCCAGUCGGCUACUACGAUCUGACCCCUGCCGGUGUUCCAGUGCACUCCACCGCAUUUCGUGCCAUCCAUGAAGAUUCAUUGCAGGCUAGUCCGUUCAGGGUUUUCACAUCACUCCUGCGUCUUGACUUGAUUGAAGACAAAGAGCUUCGAAAACUUGUUCAGGAAAUCCUGGAUCAGCGUCAAAUUUUCACUCUGAACGCUUUAGCGCUCAUCAAGAAGUUCGAAACCAACGGCGGCCUUAAUGCUAAGGAUGCCAGGGACUUCAUUCAGGAGGCCCUAGAGACAUUUCGCUGGCAUCACGAUGCGACAGUAACGGCAAAAGAAUAUCAGCGCCUGCAUGAUCAACACAGGCUCAUCGCCGACGUUGUUGCGUUCAAAGGCCCGCAUAUCAAUCACCUUACUCCUCGUACUCUGGACAUCGACAUGAUCCAGGAUGGGAUGCCUCAAAAAGGAAUUACACCGAAGGCCGUUAUUGAAGGGCCUCCACGUCGUAAAUGCCCAAUUUUGUUACGCCAGACAAGCUUCAAAGCUCUGCAAGAAGUUAUCGCUUUCACUGACCAAGACGGUAGUGCCAAGGGUAGUCAUACGGCUCGAUUUGGGGAGAUUGAACAACGAGGGGCCGCACUUACACCAAAAGGUCGCGCCCUGUACGACACCCUACUCAACGCUGCACGCUCAGAGCUGGGUGAGUUCCCUUCCGAAUCCAACGCAGAAAAAUACACCGAGCUCCUGGCAAAGAACUUCAAAGAAUUUCCAGACAGCUACGCUGAACUGCACGACAAGGGUCUUGCCUACUUCCGCUAUUUCCCAACCCCAAAAGGCAUUGCAUCCCGAAGUAACAGUUAUCGCCCAAAUUCGCGUCAAGAGCUCAUUGAGCAGGGUCACAUUCAAUACGAGCCCCUUGUAUAUGAAGACUUCCUGCCAGUAAGCGCGGCAGGCAUCUUCCAAUCGAACCUUGGCGAUGAUUCCCAAGCCCAUUACGCCGGCAGCUCAAAUCAGGAGGAGUUCGAAAAGGCACUGGGUCAAAAAGUCACCAACGAGCUAAAGCUCUACGCUGAUACCCAACGCCGCUCUUUGCUGGAAUGCUCAACCAUUCUGGCGGUUCCCCCUCUCGUC